GCUUGGUCCGCCUAUGCAAAUGUGAACGAAAUGGCUCUCAACAAAAUUCCACCACCUAUCCCAGAUAAACUGCAAAAUUUAAUUUUCGCCUUUCGAGAAUCACAAGCUCUUUUUGCAGCGUAUGAACUUGGUAUCUUUGAUCUCUUACACGAUUCCAAGACUCUACUGUCCGCUGAAGACAUUGCAGCAAAGAUCAACGCGGAUUCCGAUGCUACUGCAAGAUUAAUGGACACCCUUGUUGCACUGGAGCUGCUAGAAAAGACCCAGGAAUACGCUACUUCGUGGCUGUAUUCGAACACCAAAAUUGCAAGCCAGUUUCUCACCAAAUCAAGCCCUGAUUCUGUUGGUGGCUACAUAACGCACUCAACCAAACUAGUUUAUCCACUUUUCGGUAACUUACAAAGCGCAGUUAGGGAGGGUUCGACCCAGUGGAUGAACACGUUUGGUAUGUCCUCAGAAGAUAUGUGGAAAUCAUCUUACCACAACGAAGAAGCCCGGUUACGCUUUUUGGGAGCAAUGCAUAGCACGUCACGCCAUACCUGUCACGCCGUGGCUACAGCAUUUGACUUGAGCAAUUUCCACAGCUGUUGUGACUUAGGGGGUAGGUAGAUAAACACUCUGUGAUAAUGUUGGUACCAAUAAGUCUUUCAUCCAAGACAAAACAGAAUGACUGAAAACCUCAGCCUGACUUUCUUAAGAUGGACAGCCAUAUUUCAUUAUAAGACCCUGCUAGUGUAAAUUCCGACAAGUGACAUGACCCAAAAAGUAGCGCAGGGGCACCCAACGGCAAUUUUCGGGAAAAUGUCUGUUCGGAAGACGAUUUGAGAACUAGAAUUUUCGGAACAUUUGUUGUAAAAUUUCUUGCUUGCCUGCCUCUCCUAGGAUUUUCGAACAUCUACAAAAUGGUAUAAUUACCCAUUUUAAACGGAUAUUUACCCUAAAAAAGGCCACCUAGAAUUUUCGGGAGCCUUUUCCCGGCUGAAAUUUUCGAAAAGUUAAGUUUUGACCCCUAUAAUUUUCGGAUCACUAGACUUUCAGCUAGGAAAUCCGAACAGAUGAAAAGUUUUUAGAGGAUAAAAAUAUGCCUAUAUCUACCGUUUAAAUACUAAAAUACGUUCAACAAUGCUAUGUUAAGUGGUUUUGAACUACAUCCUCGUUGGGUGCCCCUGGUAGCGACAAUGCCUAAAAUGAAAUCGCGACAAGCGACAAGCUCCCUCGGCCAAAUUGAGACAGUGACGGCAAAGCCGAGAAUGUGCGACAAAGAACGGUGGUUUGGCUAAUUUAUUACCAGGCUGAAUGCCAAGAGGAAGUAAUUUUCGUCAGUGAGUUUCAGUUGACCCUUCUGAGCGCGCGUCGCGUUGGUCCUGGGAAACCUGGGAACUACAUUGUAGGUUUCCCUUCAGAUAGCCUAACGCACGCUUUACAUCUCUUCCUCUUGUAAUCACUACUUUCACAUAGACCAUAAUGCACCUUGUUUCCCCCUCAGAAUUUUGCAUAACCAUUGUUUCCAAAUUCUCCAGAGUAUUACAGUCGUCCCAAGAGAAAUCGAAAACAAUGGUUAUGGAAAGUUUUUUUUUUGCGGGGGGGGAACAAGGUGCAUUAUGGUCCUUGUGAAAAUGGUAAAUGCUUUGCUUGUUCCUGAACGUCUGACAUCGUUGUCGACCUCUGUCGAACGGUGACGACGGUGGAGAGACCAGGGACCAGGUAACCUAACCACCGACCUUCCAGCCGCUCUCACAGAGUAGACCACCGUUAACCGGCCUUCACGAUUUAUCAGGUCAUUAAGUCUUAAAAUGUUGAACGUGGAUCACUUAAGGUGUUCUGACAGUGUUCCUUUAAGCGAAUCCAAAAACGGAUUUCUGAUCCGAGAUUUGCCGGAUUUCGCGGUCGAAAGGAACGUGAAAUCCGAAAUUGGAUUUGUAACCUUGGUAACCUUUCCCAAACGCGUGCAAUAUGCAUGACAGCCUCUCAAGAAAUGACAUGUUUUCUACCGUUUGUCAAAUUAUGCGAUUAUACCGUGCAGAAUUUUGUGGUCGGCAGUUCGAAUAACGACGAUGGAAGAUGAACAGAUCAAGAAAGAAGCGCGUUAAAGUUGAAAAUUAUCUUAAGGUUGUUGGCUCAUUUUCAUUGAGUGCCCAAGGCGUCUACAAGCGAGUUUGUAGAAAGAUAGCAGUUAUUUGUUCCUUUUACUUAUUUGUGUUUUUAAGCAAUCUUUAGCGACAAAUGGUCAGCACAUGGAUAUUUUACUGUAGCAAGAACAAUCUUCUAGUGUUUUGAGACGUUUUACGGCAAAUGGCAACAACUAGGAAACUCUACGGGAAUACUUCAAUUGGAAAUACAGCUGGAUCAUCUGACUAAUUUCGAAUCCACUGUGAAUAGAACAGCGUAGAUCCAGCCUCCUCCUCAGGCGCUUCGUUUUUGGCAUGGCAGAGGCGAGCGCGAAACGCGAGUGACUGGUGAUGAACCGCAAGGGACCAUGGGAAGGGUACAGACAGCCGGGUACGAUGCAGGCGUAGAUCACUAAUGCGUUAAUCUGGAUUCGGAUUCUUCGGAUUUCAAAUCCAAUGAAUCCUUUUUCAAAAAGGAUUCAUCAGAUCAAAAAUCCGAAUUUGGAUUUACCGAAAGAAACGCGAAAACCGUUAAUUGUGAAUGGCGAUGCAUAGGUGUUCGAUACGCGAAAUGUUAGCUGAGAAAUUGCACAACUGUAAUGCUUUCCUUACAACGCAUCGCCAUCCCCCUUUUCUAAAUUCCGAGAAAGACAAACAAGUUUCGUUGAAUAUCCGACAGCGACUUGAAGCAUUUAUAAACACCGACACGAGAAGUGUUAAAAUUCAGACGAGCGACAUGGGACCCACCCCGGCAGGGCCUCAUAUAGAGGAGAUCGAAUUCUUCACUGACUCAGAAGUGGAAAGCUAAACUGCUGCGAUUGUCCUGCAUGACGCACCGCUGCGUUUUAGUCUGUACCACGUGUCUGUAUAUCAGAGUCAUUUAACCGGAAGAAACACGUUCAUGUUCAUCGACGAAAACUAUAUAGAGUUUUCAAUUUCAAUUUGAAAAAACGUUCCUGUUGUUAAUACGAAAUUAUGCUAGAUUACGGUAGUUCUUACAUCGCUACAUCAGUGAACUGAUGUCAAGGAUGAAUGGGGGACAUAAAGCUUCCCCUUGUUGUAAAUUAAAGUGCCUUAUCGGGAACAAUUUGUGACACUGCACGAACGUAUUAUUGUACAUUAGAAUUUUGACUAUUGAUUGACAAAUUAAAGGUAUACGGUAUACAAUUUAAAAAACUUGGUCUCGCUACUUUCUGGGGGGUCGCUACUUUUGGGAGGUCGCUACAUUCAGGGGGUCGCUACUUUCGGGGGGGCACUACUUUCGGGAUUUACUAGUGGCUACAAAAAAUUGACGGUAAUUUCGGGGGGUCGUUACUAUCAGUUUACGGUAAUUUUUAUUUUCUACUGAGCAUUUCCAUACCUUUUAGAUGGGAGUCAGUAACCCCAUUGGGCUUGGAGGGAGGAACGAUGAUGAAUCCCUACAAAAAAAGUCCCCAGUAUACCCCAGUUAAGUAAGUUCAAUACCGUAUUCCUUUCCCAGUAACCUGAUAAAUUUUAACUCGUUAGGACAAUACCCUAGACCCUUUGAACUUUGUUAAUACAUGGCCGUAGUAGAAACCCCACCACAUCCACUUUUUACCAGGAAAUCUACAACUGUUCAUGUACCAGCCUGGCCCUCAGGUCUCCACAGUACCUUCUGGAACCCCCAUCCCCAACUUAUAAAUUUGUUCCUAUGUACCUGUAUCUACGUUGUGUACCUAUAUCUACAUUACACUGUAGAUAAUUGCAGGCUCCUCUUGUCGCCUGCAAUCCUAAUUUCCAGGUUGUCAUUACGCAUGCGUCACAUGUAUGUAGCUAGCAUUCGUUUGGACUUCCACUAAGAAUGAAUGGAAUGUACAGUUCAUAAUUUGAUCACGUGCAUGAUUAAAUCACUCGUAAUCUGAUCACGCGUGUUUUGACUGUCACGUGAAAGGUACGCAAACCUUAAAGAUGGAGCAAAAGCAUUUUGACUUUCGAUCGUUGUCACAAGCACUCUGUAACCUUUGGUUGUUACUAGUAAAUAAUGUUAGUGAUCAUAUCAAAUUUCAGGUGGAACAGGAGCUAUGGCUUACACUUUGUGUCAAUACUAUCCCAACAUGAAGAUCACUGUAUGUGACCUGCAAUCAGUUGUGGAAUCUGCUCAUCAUUUCCAGCCAACACCAGAAGAGUGUCUCAAUCAAGCAAAUGUUUCUUACGUGGUAGGUGAUUUCUUCCAAACUGAUCUACCUAAGGCUGAGUUGUAUGUGUUGCAGCGAAUUCUUCAUGACUGGUCGGCUGAUAAAAUUGACUCGAUUCUCACAAAUGUCUUCACAUGUUUGCCUUCAGGUAUGUGCCCUAGUCAUCACUAACUAAUUUGUUGCUGCUGUUCUGCAUGAUUGACCAUGUGAACACUUGUUACUAAAAUAAAAAAUAAUUACUAAAACAAAUUAAAAUGAUUACUAAAAAGUAAUCUUUAGUUACCAGAUAUGAAAAUAUGUGCAGCUACAGUGGAGCCUCGAUUUCAAGAAGUGCCCAGGGACUGGGGAAAUUUGUUCAUUAUGGGGUUGGUUAUAUCGAAAACCAUGAUUUAACGUUCAUAAUAUCGAGGUAUAGUUAAUGAUUAAUAUCCAACGCCCUGCAUUUCCGGAUCUGACCAAUUUCUGUAAUAAACAUUUGUAUAUGAAGAUAUUGGCUAAGUUCAGAGCUGUACAAUACCUACGACACUAGAAACACAAAAACAGGCGAACAAAACUGCUUAAAACUACUGUAGACAUAAAUUUUAUCCUUGUUGGCAGAUGAAUGGCCUGUUUCGCAUUCAUCUUUUGUUCUCUUUCAGUCACAUGUUGACAUUUAUUCGUUAUAUCCAGGUAUAGUUUACGUUCGCGUUUCAGGAUUGUGUUCGUUAUAACGAGGAUUUCAUUAGAUUGAGGUUCGUUAUAUGAAGGCUCUGUUCCAUACAUUUUAUCGUAAUUUUGGCCGGGCUGAAGCAAGUAGUUUGUUAUACCUAGGACUUCAUUAUAUAGAGGUUCGUUAAAGGGGCUGUGUCACUGCAGUCCAGUUCAUUUUGUUUAAUUUUGCCAAUCACUCACCCUCAAUCGCUAUGGAACUUAACGAAAGCAAUGAAAUUACAGGUAAAUGACAAAAUCAGAGAUCCGAGACAAACAAAUAUGUCUCCUGAACAUUAUUUUUGAAGUUGCAAGCAGCAGGGAUCAACUUUGAAAAACUGUUAGGCUAAACAGUUUUCAAAAACCCUAAUUUCAAUCCGUUUCAAUCUUCUUCAGUUUUACCCAUCCGUGGCAUCUGUUGUUUCUGUUAUGUUAUUUUAACAUUCCUUUAAAGUUUUAAGCGGUUAUUUUUAUGUUUCUCUUAAUUUAAGGGGCAUUUUGUAAUUUCCUAAUUUGGCUGAAUUUCGUGACACAGCUCCUUUAAAUCGAGCUUCCACUGUAUUACAAAAUCAUAAACUGGAUCUAAAGUAAUAAUAUGCUGUCAGCUGUCCUAAAAUGUUGGAUUUUCUUUAUAUUUGCUCGAAAGUAUUUUCUUCUCCAAUUAACAUGUUUUAGAUAAAUAAAUGAAUUAUUAGACCCUGCUGAUAACUUUUUUCAUUAUGCAUUGUUUCCAUUAUCUGUCUUCUCAUUGGCUAAGAGACUACAGUUAAUUUUUGAAAUCAGUGCAACCUACAGAUUAGUUAGUUAUCUGCUAGCAGAUUUAUGACUAAUCUGUAGGUUGCACGUGUGAUUUCCAAGAGCAAUGUCAAAAAUAAUGUGUUCAAUGCAAAGCAGAUUUUGUGCUUAUUUUCUUCAAAACAAUGUACAAUAAAACAAUAUUCUUAAAGAUUCGGUCUUUGUGAUAUUCCAUACAAAAGAUUUUCCCAUGUAAUUAUGUUCAGGUGGAGGUCUUCUCAUUGCUGAGAUGUUUUUAAGUGAUGACAAACGCGGGCCUAAGAGGACUCUUCUGCAAUCCCUGAACAUGCCGGUACUGACAAGUGGCAAGGAACGGACAGCAGCCGAGUACAAAGAGAUCUUAAAGAAACAUGGAUUUGAGGAUAUUCAGACAAAAAAGCUUCAGGACAGUGCAGGGUUAGAUGCCACUUUAUGCAGAAAGCCUUGAAUCUAAUCUUUUUCUGUGCAGGCUUGAUAGUGUUGGUUAUGCUUUAUUAGUUUCUGAAUUUCCUAUCAGAAUAUAACUACACAGAAGGUUUUACUGGAAAAAAAGCAGAUUGGCUCAUCUGUCAAGGACAGGAAUAAAUUGUAGAGGGUUGUAAAGGCAUGUUCUCGAUUUUACAUGUAUGUAUGCAUUUCUUCAUUGCUUAUCAAGCCAGAAUUACAUAGCGAAAUUGGAGCUAUCGAUGUGAAUCAACGUUUUUUGGUUAUUGAAUCAAAUUUCCGUUGAUAUUAUUUGAAGAACACC